CUAUUUCUCUUUCUUUUUCCCCUUUAGUUUAACAAAUCAUUUUUCGAUAGACAAUAUACAAAUAAACGAAAUUUACCAGUGUGUACUCCUUUCAUAAGUGUAAUCAUCGUAGUUAAUAUAAUACUCAUAUAGAUUCUGGGUAGCUAAGCUUCUGGUAUCGAUUCGACCUCGAAUAAAAACGGAACAAUACACCAAGUGGAAACGUUCGAUCCUACUUCAGUAUAUUAGUGAUUUGUACGAGCUCAAGCACUUUGGACGCGCUGCGCUCUCUAACCAUUUUCUAUCCUCUUCUUUCUCUUUUACACAUAUACACACACGCAACACACAAACACAGUGGUUUGUGACGGCGCGUGCAACGAGAGGGAACGCUAAUCUUACGCACGAUUGUAGAAUGAGAGUGAGUGAAUGAGAGAGGGAGAGAAAGAGAGAGAGAGAAAGAGAAAGAAAGAAGGAGAGAAAGAGAGAAAGAGAGAAAAAGAUACAGACAUUGAACUGAUCCAAUGGUGAAGCUUCGACAAGAUGGUGAGACUUCCUCAAAAACUGGGGCUGAUUGUCUUGCCAUAUCCGGUUGCUCAAGAUUUAAAAGAUAUCGAAGACAACGGUUCAUUCGUGUCAAAGUUUUGAAGAUGAUAUCACCGAGACGUUUGGACUCGGAGGGACCAGCAGGUGGAGGAGGAGGAGGAGGAGGAGUGGGUGGUAGUAAGGAUGAUGACAACGGUACAAAAGCAUUUCUGUCAACGGGAAGAACCGGAAGAAGAAACGCUUUACCGGAUAUUCAUGGGAAACAUGCUGCAACGAGUAUUUCCGAUUUGCCAGAUCGUUUCGGGGAAUUAUCUACCGAAACUGAUCACGGCAUGAACGCUGCAGCACGUGAAGCCAAUAAUCAACCGGGUGUCUCGAAACAACACGUUGGUUGACGACAACACCGUUCGCGUUUUCUUCUCUUCCUACAUUUUUUUCGUCAAAUUUCAAUCUGCUCUGGGUGCUAAGUGCGGAAAUUUGUCAAUUUACAUAUAUACUGUAAUUUAAAUACACGAACGAUGGAUAAUCGUAAUCGCGUUAUAAAAAAAAAAAAAAAAGAAAAUAAUAGAACAAAACGCAACGCGCAUAUUUGAAUAUGCAUAAUUAAAAAAAAAUAAUAUUAA